AUGGAUAACUCCCAAUUGACUCUCACUAAACCACAGCAGGCACCCACUUCCUCCAUCCCUGGUAUCCAAGUUUGCACAAGCUGUGCAGGAGCAGUUCUUCAUGCACAACAUCUCACAUUCCUUGAGUUCCAUACUUCUGUUAAACCCAGAUACAUCAUUUGCAGUCUGUUUUGUUCACUCUUAAGAGACCCAUUGGCUACUUAUGAGAGGCUUAAUGCUCUAGAAGAAGAGGUACGGCUUCUGUGGGCUGCAUCAAGAAAGUACAACUUCGACCUUCACAUUUUAGAGUCUAAAGCACAAGAUGCCGAGGACAGACUCGAAAUGGUUGCCUCUCAGGCUCAAAAGAUGGCUGACAUUGUUACAGAACAAUGGAUUCAAAUUCAGCGGCUCGGGCAGGCUCUUCAUAUUACACAAUUUUGCUGA